CAACCUGUUGUCUCAAAGCAGGAAGUAACGUUAGUGAGUCGGAGCAGUUGGCCUGUGAAUGUGCAGUUUUCAUGAUGGCUGAUAGCCUGGAGGAGCGGAGUUUGGAUGUUCUUGAUAUUCCUGAUGAUUUGGAGGAUGACCUUCUCAUUCUCUACUUUGAGAACAAGCGGCGCUCUGGAGGAGGGAACGUGGACUUUUUGGAGAGACGUGGAAACCAAGCGUUGGUGGUUUUUGAAGAUGCUGAGACUGCUGUGAGAGUUCUCUCCAAGUCCCAUGUCCUCCUCAAUACCACACUGACACUGCGAAGGAAACCACCAAAAGACCCUGGAAAACUGUUGCUAAGAGGGCUCAAUCCACACACUUCCCUGGACCAUGUGGAACUUUUUAUGGAAAACAUUACUAGAAUGGCCUUUGAAACAGACUUCACCUUGUAUCCAUCUCCAAACAAGGACCUGGUUCUAGUACACCUAAAAAGACCUUUGCCUAAAGAUUUUCAGAUGCUUAGUGACGAAGUUUCCAAGAAGAGUCUAAAUGGAGCAAAGGUCACUCUGGAACAGGUAGAAUCUACAGACUCGGUUUUGGUGGCCAAUCUGUCUCCUGCCCACACAGAGGAUGUGCUGGAGCUCUACUUUGAGAGUAGUCGUGGUGGAGGGGCAGAUGUUCUCAGAGUUAGCAUGCUGGCUAACGGAUGUGCUAAAGUUUCUUUCAAGGAUGUGAAAUCUGUGGACUGCAUUCUCCAAAAAUCCCAUAAUUUGGAAGGUACCGAUUUAGUAGUCAAGCCGUACUUUGACUUCCUGCAUGCUUUGGUGGAUCAGUCAUCUGUGAGCGCUCAAGACGGGCCGGAAACAUUAACGGAAGAGAUAAACCAAAUUGACACGGUCUCAUCCCAAAGUCCUACUGUUUCUGACCCUGUGGCGAGCACCACCUCAGGACACGGCGCUGCUCUAACGGACAACACCACAAGUAUAGCGAACACAACUACUGCAUCUGCUACUGAGCCAUCUAUCCAGAAGGAAUGUGUUAGCUUUAUAUCUGUGCCUGAUGCCACUAAACAUCAGCUGCUCAGUUUGAGUAAUUUGCCUGAGAACCUCACAAAGGCUCAUCCGAAAUUUGAUGUCAGUCUAGCAAAAGAUGGCGUCCAAAUCAAAGGUCCUGACCAAAUUGAGGUUGAAAGACUUAAGAACAAAGUUCUGGAAUUCUUGACUGGUGUUGCGCAGGAGCACCUUACAUAUGACAAACUCAAAGUUGAGUUUCUUAAGAGGGAGGAUGUUAAAAAGAGGUUAAAUUUGACUUUAAAAGAUAUACCAUCAACCUUCAGUGUGUCAGACUAUAUGGUCACUGUAACGUCUUCAUCCCGUAGCGCAGUCAAGCAGGCCCAAGACCUGAUACAGUCCCAGAUAGCAGAGUUUACUGUGCCGAUGGCCAAAGAAUACGAGAGUGUGGUCUUCUCAGAGGAGUGGUCAGACUUUCUGGUGGCGCUGGACUUCUGCUGUGCCAAAGUAUCCGACACUGGUGGAAUGAUUACUGUGGUUACCCUGACAGGGAUGGAAAAGGACAAAAAAGACAAGAUCGUUGAGUUUCUCAGCACACCACACCAGAAGGAGACAGUCCUGUCUAUGGAACCAGGAAUGCUCAAAUUUCUGCAACUCCAUCAUCGAGAUCUACUGGCAGACAUGGGAGAGGUCAUCUUAUUCCCACUGGAGACUGGAGAUGGAUUGAGUAUCCAGGGAGAUUCGACUGUGUGUCAAUCGGCGACGGAAUUAUUAAGUGCUAUUAUUGGCUCAAUCUAUACAAAGAACAUUGUGGUCAAGCAGCCUGGCAUUUCCCGAUUCCUGCUGGAGGAGGAGGAGGGUGUCAGCAUACUGGCAGAGAUGACAGCCAAAUUCGAAGUCUACAUAGACAUGGCGAAAGUGCGCUGGGAGCCUCUAGAAGACAAUGACAUAUUGGAGCUGGCAUUUAAAAUGACACACUGUCAAAACUUCCAGAGAAGUUCCAGUGCAAAUUUCAUUCAGGAAUCCAAUGUUGGAGUACCGAAUGGGUGCAACUCUAAUGAUGCAUGUACUUCAGCUCGUAUUGAAGAAGCUAAGAAGAUGUUGGCAGUUAUUGGCAGCGAUUUAAACCCCCAACCUUCUAGUUUAGGAUCCAUUGACAUAGAAUCUCAAGAUCUGUAUUCAGACCAGAGCCAAGAUACCUCAGCAGUGGCAGAAGAUGAGGCUGACUCACCCCGUUCACUGCAGACCCUUGACCUCCAGAGCUCCUCUACACCCAUGAACGCCUGCAGUCUCGACGAAGACGCAAGCCUCUUAUUGGCGAUUCAGCUAUCAAUGGAGAUCAACCAGAGCACGGAAACAGAGGACAUCCAGACGGCUCUAGAACUUUCCAAGAGAGACUCCAUGCCAACCGAGGAGAACAUACAGCUGGAGAGAGCAUUUGAAAUGUCAUUGCAAGACGCCAUCAAGUCAUCCAAUACAGCCGAGAUCUUCGUAUAUGCUAACUACAACCAUGAUCUUGUAAGGGUGGACAUCGCAUUGGGCAAGAAGGUUGGAAUGAGACAGUGUGAGGAGAAGAUCGAGAACAAAAACUUGAGGAAACUCUCCUCCCAUCAGAAGAAAUGCAUAGAGCUCAUUAAGAGGAAGCAUGCCGUGGAAAUCAGCAUCCAGGGCACCACCGCCAUCCUCUCUGGCUUUAAAGAUUACGUCUCUGAGGCCCUGAUUGACCUAAAGAAUGUCCUGAGACGGACAGAGAACAUGAUGAACGAUGCUGAAAUCGUAAAGGCCGUGCAGUGGGUGUGGUACGAGCAGGGGUCAUCUAAGGCGAUACCGUACCCACCAGAUGCCACUGUGUUCAUUGAGAAUGCUUGGAGAAUAAAGCAGAAGAAGAUUGAUAUUUUGUUCAACAAUCAGCCAUACAGCAUUGACUUUGAGAAGAUGGAAGAGCAUAGUUUGGCAUCCGGAAAAUCUGUGCCUAUUAAACGGAAAAUGCUAAGCACGGAGGACUUGUACACGGAUGCUACUGAUGAAGAUUACAGCCUGCUGUCCAACAUGCCUGAAGUGUCUACCGUGGAUGUAGAUUCUGAUGAAUUUCAAGAGGUGGUCAAAGACUUCUAUGACACCCUUCAGGACAACCACAACAAAAUCAAAAUCAUUAAGGUUGAGAAGCUCAUGAAUAAACUUCUGAAUGACCAGUACAGGUUGAAAAAGGCCAGCAUUGAACGGAGCUCCUCAGAGCAACAAGUGGAACGCAUCCUCUACCACGGCACCAGUGAAACCAGUGUGAAGGAGAUAUGCAUUCAUGGCUUCAACAGGAGCUUCUGUGGAAAAAAUGCGACUGUGUAUGGUCAGGGUGUCUACUUUGCGGUAAACGCUGUGCUCUCUGUGUCAGACACCUACUCCCCACCCAAUGCAGACGGGCACAAGUUUAUUUUUGUGGCCAAAGUGCUCACCGGAGACUUCACUGUGGGAAAACACGAGAUAAAAACAGCUCCGCUUAAGGAGAAUUCUGCCGUACCGGUCAGAUACCACAGCGUGACCGAUCAGAUCGACUCCCCGACUUUAUUUGUCAUCUUUAAUGACACACAAGCUUAUCCACAAUACCUGAUCACAUGCAAGAAGAUCUACGGUUAAUAAAAUGCUUAUGUUGGCAUGCAUUUAUGAUAUCCCUGGCAAUCAUGUCUAGUCAUCAUUGAACUGGGGUUUAAGAUCUGCUCUUACUUUACUGUUGAUGGACUGUUGUACUUUAAGUACGAUUUUGUCUGAACAACAGUUGAGUGUUGUCACUCUGUUUUCUUUAUUUUUGUGAAUAAUUGGAUUCUUAUGUAUUGAAAGUGACAGAACAUUUUUAUAUUUUGCUGUUUAAUCAUUGCUGGAUUUAAACAAAUGUAUUAAAUCAUAUAAGAAAUGUUUUGCUUUAAGCCUGCCAGAUUUACAUCACUCACAUUAAUAUUUUUCGAAUGUCCAAAAUAAAGUAAAUAAAUGCUGGAACAAAGUAAAUAUCUAUC